UCCCAUAUAAAUAGACCACCAUGUUAGCCUAGCUAGAAUGCAAAAACCAUCCAAAACAAACAAAGUUACAGCCAACUUUUUCAGGCCAGAAGAGAAGCCAGCUGCAAUGAACAAUAAUAUUAGCUCCAUGCCGCAGCCACCACCUCCUCCGUUUCACAGCUCCGCAGCAGCGGAAGAGAAAGAAGAUACAAGUGAUUUGAGACCAAAUAAUAACUACUAUGAUAAAGGUGUGAGGCCCCAAGCUGUGGAGAUGAAACCUGCAGCAGCGACGAGUAAGCUAGAGAGUAAGCCAUCCAUGGACAUAAACGAAAGUGCAGAGGCAUUCAUCAAGAAGUUCAGGAAACAAUUGUUGAUUCAAAGGCUUGAAUCCAUUGAGAACUACGAGCAGAUGCUGGCUAGAGGCCUGUGAUGGUUAAUUGCCCGUCGCUUGAGUAUUUUUUUUUUCCCUUGAGACUGCAUAUGGUCUAUCUUAUAAUUCUUAUUACAUUUGAAAAUGUAACUUGUCUCCCUCUUUUAUGAACAUAUGCAUGUUUUAGAGAGCCAGGCAUUUGUAAGAAUCAAAUAAACUGUAUUAUUUUGAGCCUAUUUAUAAUGAAGUUGAAGCUCAUUUUCUCGUU